ACAAAUAAACAAAACAAUAAAUAGUAAUAAUUUGAGUGAUUUUGAAAGUAAAUCACAAAUAUGUCAACACAUAUGCAAAAAGUUUUGAAUCCUCGCAGAAGUGGCACCAGUUUGGACAUCGAGAAAGAAAAACAAGAGAGCAAUCAGUUAAUAAGUAUAAGCAAAGCGAUUAACACCAAUGAAAAUCCGGUUAAAGAAAAACAUAUCAGAACCAUAAUAAUCGGUACCCACCAAAACAAGAGCGCACAUCUCUUUUGGACAAUUGCUCGCAAUCUUCGACUUCAAGACAAUCCGAUUCUUUGCUGGAAGUUUUGUCAUGUCUUACAUAAAUUGUUACGCGAAGGAUAUCGAAAGACAAUUGCCGACUCUUAUCCAUUCCGGUCAAUGCUCAAGGAUUUGGGCAAAAUGUGGGGACUCUUGAGGGAAGGUUACGGAAAAUUAAUCCAAAACUAUAGUAAUUUACUUAUUCGUAAAAUUGAGUUUCACGCAAAUAACCAACGUAUUCCUGGAAAUUUGAUGGUCAGUGAUGAAGAAUUGGAUACAAUCGGUGAAAAUGAUGUCAACAUUUUCUUUCAAUUAUGUUGCGAAGUAUUUGAUUAUUUGGACGAAAUAUUAAGUCUUCAAUCAAACGUGUUUGGUUCACUUGAUAUGAGUCGAUCCAAUUCAAUGACAAUGGCUGGUCAGUGCCGUUUGGCACCACUUAUCCCAUGCAUUCAAGACUCGAGUCAAUUAUACGACUUUUCCGUAAAACUAUUAUUCAAAUUACACGAUGCUCUACCGGCCGCCACAUUAGAAGGACACAGAAAUAGAUUUUUAAACCAAUUUAAUAUUCUUAAGUCAUUUUACUUAAACUCGAAAAAUCUACAAUAUUUCAAAAACUUGAUUCAAGUGCCGUCACUACCAAAUGAACCGCCUAACUUUCUAAUCCAAUCAAAUCUUGAGAGUCAUGUCACACCAGUUUGUAUACUUCCUCCUGAAUCACCCGAAGUGGAAGUGGAUCAGGUGGACAUGAAUUUAGUAGACCUUUCAUUCAGUUCAGCGACUGAUGACACUAAUUCAAUUUGGUCUCUAAAUAACAACGAUAACAAAAAUGACAAAGAAAUUGAAGAAAAGGAUCGGAUUAUCGAAAAAUUAAUGGCUCACAUACAAGAACUUGAAGUUCAGAUGAAAAACAUUAGAGCUGAGGAUUAUCAGAUAAUGAAUAAAUUGAAGCAAAAGAUAUCUGAAUUGGAGUUAUCUAAGGCUCAGAUUAUGGAGAAAGAGAUCGAAGCUCUCAAAGAGUUGGAAAAACAAAAGAAUAAUAACGAGAAUACAGAAAGUGUUGUCAAACUAACCGAUCGAUACAACAGAAUGAAAGAUAUCUAUAAUAAUCUAAGGGCUGAACACAUUGAACUGUUAAGAAAUAAAGCAGAAAUUGAUAAACACUUGUCUUCAAUACAACAAGAGUUAACUGAUUCACACAAUUCUAAAUUUACAUUAGAGUCACAAUUACGAGAUUUAACCAGAAAAGAGGCACAAAUCAGUUCAAUGAGUGCUGAGAGCAGUGAUCUUAAGAAAAAAAUUGUUGAAAAUGAAAACCAAUUGAUUCAAAUCAGAAAUGAUUUGGAUGUAUGUAAACGUAAACUAAAAGAUCGCGAAUGGGAACUAUUGGGUAUUGUAAUAAAUAUAAUGCAGAAGUUAUCACAAAAUACUAAAACACAAGAUAUUCAGAGCAGUUCCGUUAGUGUCAACUGUUCUCCAGAAUAUUUCUUCAGUCAACUCAAUGAAUUGAGUAAACAUUUGAAUUCAUUAGAAGAGUCGUCAGUAUUAAUACCAUUGAAUCCAUCCAUUGAUACUCUAAUUUCCAAUAUUUUGGACUAUUUUCUGCAAUUAUCGUAUUCAUUCAAUUGCGCCAAAACUAUAUACUUAACUAUACCUAAUAUUGAUAGGGGACAAGAAUUAAUGAAUAACUGUAAAGAAUUGAUUGAUUUGUCAGUGAAUAUGAGUAAAAAAAUAAAGUCAAAGUUUUAUGACUCCAAUACAUUCAUUGAUGUUAAACAAUGUUUGAAUAAAAUUAUUUCGAUGAACGUCUAUAUUAUACCCGAAUCGGUGGACAAAACGAAAAAUUUAGAAAAGUUGUUGAUCGACGAGAUGAGCGAAAUGGAUAAAGCCAUCAAUGAAGCGGUUCUCAGAAUUGAGCAAAUGUUAGAAUUGGCUAAAAAGAAAGACACGGGAAUCAAAUUGGAAGUAAAUGGACAGAUACUCGACGCCUGUACUUAUCUAAUGAACGCAAUUAAGCAACUGAUCCACGACGCCAAAGAGCUUCAAAAAGAGAUUGUUUCACAAGGAGGGGGAUCAACUUCUAUGAAAGACUUUUACCAAAGAAAUCAUCGCUGGACUGAAGGCUUGAUAUCUGCCGCCAAAGUUGUGGCCGCAGACGCAAAACUACUUGUCGAAUCGGCUGAUAAAGUGAUAUUAGGUUCUGGAAAAUUUGAGGAACUGAUUGCCGCAUCACAAGAGAUUGCCGGCGCCAGCGCUCAAUUAGUUGUGGCCUCUCGGGUCAAAGCGGAUCCGUCAAGUGAUAAAUUGGGUAAACUGUCCAAGUCUUCCAAAGUUGUAUCGGAAGCCACAGGAAAUGUGGUGGCGAUCACUAAAAAAUGUUCGCAAAAGAUUGAAGACGCGGAUGACCUGGACUUCUCUAAGUUAACAUUACAUCAAGCAAAACGACUCGAAAUGGAUAGUCAGGUGAGAGUUCUUGAAUUAGAGAAUGCAUUGGAAAAGGAAAGACAGAAAUUGGCGGCUCUUCGCAAACAACACUAUCAUUUGGCCGGUGCUUCGGCCGGUUGGACGUGAAGUCGACCACUUGUGGCCAUUACUACUGAAUUCAAUUGCUAUUUAUAUUGUAGUCAUUUUAGUUUUUGUA